AUGUUAUUAACAAUGGAACACGAAUGCAAAGCUCAAUUUGAAUUAUUCCCAAAUCCCGAACGUAUUGAUAAGGUUGAAGAAAGUAUGAAUAAUUUAGAAACUGUUGUACGUGAACGUAAUGAAGCUUAUUACAAAUUAGAAGUUGGAGAAUCUGCAGAAAGACCUGGACAAUUAGUUACUAAUUUAUUGGGGUUGAACUUUUUUUAUCGUAAAUUUGAACAUUUAAUACCAAAAUUUUUGAAUAAACAAUGGAGAGAUAAACAUACGUUUAAUGUUGUUAAUGGAAACAUUGAGAAAUUCCAAAGGUUAUAUAGAGAAAAAUUACAUAAUGCUAAUAGAAAAAGUAGAAAUCGGGAUCGUAACCAUGUGAUGCAUCUGAUGAAGCGUUAUCCAAAUAUGGACAUGGAAGCUGUCAAACAACAAUAUCCUUCUGUAGACAUUGAAAAAAUAAAAAGCUAUCAUAAAGUCAGAGGACAUUAUGUACCUUAA